AGAUUAAUGGACGAGAUAGAGAGGAAACCAGAUCUAACCAUGAAUGUUCCACCUUAUGAUUUCCUGUGCCCCAUUUCCAUUGAGCUAAUGAAAGACCCGGUAACCAUCUCCACCGGCGUCAGCUAUGAAAGAAAGAACAUCGAGAAAUGGUUCUUUGCUUACAAGAAGACGACCUGCCCGGCUACAAUGCAGAGCAUCAAGAACUUUGAUAUCACCCCGAAUCAUACCCUCAAGAGGCUCAUCAUUGCCUGGUUAAAUAAAGCAAUAUCGCAAUCCUGCUCUUCGUCGUCAUCGUCUUCGUCGACGUCUCGACCUUCGGUCAAGCAUGAUGACAUCUUGUCACUACUCAACACGAUUGAAUCCUCGCCUUUCAAGGUAAGUUCCUUGAAGAAACUCCAGUCAAUUAUCGAAAUAGGCGAUGAUGAGAUCAAAGCCGAUUUUAUUCAAUCUAAUGGGGUUGAAGUACUAGUCCAAAUAGUUGUACAAAUUCUCUCUGAGAGCUCCGAUUUUGGAACGUUUAGAGCCUGUGAAGAGGCCUUGGGUGUGCUGCAAAAACUCCCAUUUUCGGAGGAAGAAAAAACCCUUGAAUUGUUAUCCAAACCCGAAUCUAUGAAGUCCAUGGAAAUCAUGCUCCAAAGAGGAAGUGCUGAGGCCCGGCUAUACACCCUUACCAUAUUCCAAAAGAUGGCCAAAAGUAACUAUGAUUGGAACUCUUUCAUUCAAGAUCGAGGUAUAGAUUUCUUCAAAUCCUUGUUAGAGCUGGUUUCGGACGAGAUAUGCACCAAGGCAAGCUCAUGUGCCUUAGAAGUUCUAAUAGAAAUACUUGGAGGUUCAAAGAAAAGCCGAUUACAGGCAAUAGAAGCCGGCGCAGUUUGUGUUCUGAUCGAGCUUCUCCCGGACUCGAGCCGAUCCAAAUGCGAGAAAGCGUUGCUGUUGCUAAAAUUACUAUGUGAAUGCGCAGAAGGCAGGCAGGCGUUAGUGGAGCAUGGCAUGGGCAUCGCUGCGAUCUCCAAGAAAAUGUUGCAUCUCUCGAGUACCGCGACAAAGAUUGUGGUGAAGAUUUUGUGGUUGAUCUGUAGCUUUCACCCUACGGACAGACUUUUGGAGGAAAUGGUCGUUUGUGGAUCCGUGAAGAAGCUCUUGGCAUUGUUGCACAUCGAUGGCCGCUCUUCAACCAAGGAUAAGACGAUAAAGAUAUUCAAGUUGCAUGGCAAUUCAUGGAGGCGCUACCCUUGUUUUCCUAGUGAGUUGAAGGAAUAUUUGGCAUUAGUGAAUAGUACUGAAUGAUUCUAGCUUGCUAAAGAUUAGAAAAUAUUUAUGAUGAUGAUGAUCGAACUGAAAUUAAUACAGAGAUAUAUAGAAUGUUAUAAUUUUCUUAAGAAAGUUUGAGUUUUACUCAUGAUCAAAUUAAUACAUGUAUAUGCAUGGUUCAUGAUCAUUUUUCCCAGCUUUCUAUUUCGAAUUUGCGGUUUGGAUUUUGGAGUUUUCAAUUUAAUUUGU